AUGACUUGGCGGUCAAACGGCCAAUUUGAUGAUCUCUGCAGCGAUGGGAGCGUGGAAAAAAACCUCAGACCGACAUUUUAUCACAAAAACAAGUGUUUUAUUGGAACUGCGAUGCAGUCUGUAGUUGCAAGGAUGACUUGGCUGUCCGCCGUCCGUCUGUGUUGUGUCUGCACUGUCCUACUGACCUGCACUGCUAGUGGUUACUCCGGCCUCUUCCUGGCCACGCGCCAGUGUCCCCCUGGCCCAUGGUGGGACGUGACAUGGACGAACAUCCCCAACAUCAGGAACCGAGACCUCCUCAAAGAUAUCAACAGGGUGGAUGCUAACAUGGAUGACGUCAUUACGCUAGAGGAAAUGAUGACGUUAACAAACUGGGGAAUUGAUGUGGCGCCCCCUAUUGGCAGAUGUGAGUUUGUGGGUAUCCAGAGUUACCGGUACGGCGUCUACAACCAGGUGGCGUGCCUCCUGUACGACGUGUUCGACGUCGACCACGACGGCCAGCUGACGGAGGCAGAGUUCAGAACUAUAUUCUCAAACAACCUCGUCAGCAUGGACAUUAACGGUGACAGCCAGUUGAGUGUUUGUGAACUGUACCGAGGAUUUAUUGAUUACAUCCGAGAAGCAGAAGAAACUGUCCGUCUCAGAAAGAUUAAGGCCAGAGAAAUCAUCACGAAAGCAGACGACGAAGUGUUUAACAGAACAUAACGUCUGCAUCGAGAAAACCAGAGAAAUAUCAGCACGAUAUUUUAUAUUCAUAACCUACUAACAUAUAUUCGU